UGUAGAGGCCGGACGCCGCCGGGCGCGGGGAGAGGAGGAGGGAAAUAGCUUUCCUCGUGCGGGGUCGCCUGGUGCCUUCAGUCUGGCUGUGAAGAGGUUCCGAAAUGGCUGUGCAGCCCAAAGAGACGCUGCAGCUGGAGAGCGCGGCCGAGAUCGGCUUCGUGCGUUUCUUCCAGGCCAUGCCGGGGAAGCCGACCACCACGGUGCGCCUCUUUGACCGUGGCGACUUCUACACGGCUCACGGCGAGGACGCGCUGUUGGCGGCCCGCGAGGUGUUCAAGACGCAGGGAGUGAUCAAGUACCUGGGGCCGGCAGGAACAAAGACUCUACAGAGUGUUGUGCUUAGCAAAAUGAAUUUUGAGUCUUUUGUAAAAGAUCUUCUUUUGGUUCGUCAGUAUCGAGUUGAAGUUUAUAAGAAUAAAGCUGGAAAUAAGGCAUCCAAGGAAAAUGAUUGGUAUUUGGCAUAUAAGGCUUCACCUGGCAAUCUUUCUCAGUUUGAAGACAUUCUCUUUGGUAACAGUGAUACGGCAGCUUCCAUUGGUGUCGUGGGCAUUAAAAUGUCUACAGUUGAUGGUCAAAGACAGCUUGGAGUUGGGUAUGUUGACUCUACACAGAGGAAGCUAGGACUGUGUGAGUUCCCUGAUAAUGAUCAGUUCUCCAAUCUCGAGGCUCUCCUGAUUCAGAUUGGACCAAAAGAAUGCGUUUUACCAGGAGGAGAGACCUUUGGAGACAUGGGGAAGAUGCGGCAGAUUAUUCAGAGAGCAGGAAUUCUGAUCACAGAAAGAAAAAGAGCUGACUUUUCCACAAAAGACAUUUACCAGGACCUCAACCGGUUGUUGAAAGGCAAAAAAGGAGAGCAGAUGAAUAGUGUUGUCUUGCCAGAAAUGGAAAAUCAGGUUGCAGUUUCAUCAUUGUCUGCAGUAAUCAAGUUCUUAGAACUCUUAUCUGAUGAUUCAAAUUUUGGACAGUUUGAACUGACUACUUUUGACUUCAGCCAGUACAUGAAAUUGGACAUUGCAGCAGUUAAAGCCCUUAAUCUUUUCCAGGGUUCUGUUGAAGACACCACUGGCUCUCAGUCUCUGGCUGCAUUGCUGAAUAAAUGCAAAACCCCUCAAGGACAAAGGCUAGUUAACCAGUGGAUUAAGCAGCCUCUCAUGGAUAAGAACAGAAUAGAGGAGAGACUAAAUUUAGUGGAGGCUUUUGUAGAAGAUGUGGAAUUGCGGCAGAAUUUACAAGAGGAUUUACUUCGUCGAUUCCCAGAUCUUAACCGACUUGCCAAGAAAUUUCAGAGACAAGCUGCAAACUUACAAGAUUGUUACCGACUCUACCAGGGUAUAAAUCAACUUCCUAAUGUUAUACAGGCCCUGGAAAAAUAUGAAGGAAGACACCAGGCAUUGUUGUUGGCAGUGUUUGUGACUCCUCUUAUUGAUCUUCGUUCUGAUUUCUCCAAGUUUCAGGAAAUGAUAGAAACAACGUUAGAUAUGGAUCAGGUGGAAAAUCAUGAAUUCCUUGUAAAACCUUCCUUUGAUCCUAAUCUGAGUGAAUUGAGAGAAGUAAUGGAUGACUUGGAAAAGAAGAUGCAGUCCACAUUGAUAAGUGCAGCUCAUGACCUCGGAUUGGAUCCUGGCAAGCAGAUUAAAUUGGAUUCCAGUGGACAGUUUGGCUAUUACUUUCGUGUAACCUGUAAGGAAGAAAAAGUCCUUCGUAACAAUAAAAACUUUAGUACUGUGGAUAUCCAGAAGAAUGGUGUUAAAUUUACCAACAGUAAGUUGUCCUCUUUGAAUGAAGAAUAUACUAAAAAUAAAGGCGAGUAUGAAGAAGCCCAGGAUGCCAUUGUUAAAGAAAUUGUCAAUAUAUCUUCAGGCUACGUAGAACCAAUGCAGUCACUGAAUGAUGUGUUAGCUCAGCUAGAUGCUGUUGUCAGCUUUGCUCAUGUGUCAAACGGAGCACCUGUUCCAUAUGUACGACCAGUCAUUUUGGAGAAAGGUCAAGGAAGAAUCAUAUUGAAAGCAUCCAGGCAUGCUUGUGUCGAAGUUCAAGAUGAAAUUGCAUUUAUUCCUAAUGAUGUGCACUUUGAAAAAGACAAACAGAUGUUUCACAUCAUUACUGGCCCCAAUAUGGGAGGUAAAUCAACAUAUAUUCGCCAAACUGGGGUGAUAGUACUUAUGGCCCAAAUUGGCUGUUUUGUGCCGUGCGAGUCAGCGGAAGUGUCCAUUGUGGAUUGCAUCUUGGCUCGGGUGGGGGCUGGUGACAGUCAGUUGAAAGGAGUCUCCACAUUCAUGGCUGAGAUGCUGGAAACUGCUUCCAUCCUCAGGUCUGCAACCAAAGAUUCUUUAAUAAUCAUAGAUGAACUGGGAAGAGGAACCUCUACCUAUGAUGGAUUUGGUUUAGCAUGGGCUAUAUCAGAUUACAUUGCAACAAGGAUUGGUGCUUUUUGCAUGUUUGCAACCCAUUUUCAUGAACUUACUGCACUGGCCAAUCAGAUACCAACUGUUAAUAAUCUACAUGUCACAGCACUGACCACUGAUGAGACCUUAACUAUGCUGUAUCAGGUGAAGAAAGGUGUCUGUGAUCAGAGUUUUGGGAUUCAUGUUGCAGAGCUUGCUAAUUUCCCUCGGCAUGUGAUAGAGUCUGCCAGACAGAAAGCCCUGGAACUUGAGGAGUUCCAGAGUAUUGGUGCCUCACAACCUCGUGAUGACAUGGAACCAGUAGCAAAGAAGUACUGUCUGGAAAGAGAGCAAGGUGAAAAAAUCAUUCAGGAGUUUCUAUCCAAGGUGAAGCAAGUGCCCUUUACUGAAAUGUCAGAAGAAAACAUCACAGAAAAGUUAAAACAGCUGAAAGCUGAGGUGAUGGCAAAGAAUAACAGUUUUGUGAAUGAAAUCAUUUCACGAAUAAAGGUUACUACGUGAGAAAACUCCAGUGGAUUGAAGAUAAUAUUGAUAAGCUAUCUGUUAUGCUUUUGUAUUGUUUUAUAUUAACCCUUUUUCCAUAGUGUUGACUACCAAUGUCCAUGGGGUAUCAACUGAAAUAUUUAGUAAUACUUUAUCUGAGUACAUUUUCAAAGGUCUUCGAAAAUGGAGAGUGUAACUGAUGACCAUUUAAAUGGACAUGGGCAAUAGGCAGUACGCUCAGUUUUAUAAAUAAAGCUCAUAUAGUUUGUGGAAUUUGA